AUGUCCCACAUACGCCGUAACUCUUCAGUCCGUUUCCCUCCUUCACCAGCUUCACUCCGCUCUCCUUCUCUUCCCCUCGCAGACCUCCCUCCUUCUCCUCAACAACCAUCAUCAAAAUUCCAGGAAUACCUCGUAUCAUCCCCUCUACGCGCAAUCCACCUCAUCGACGAACCCGCUGUCGUCGUCAGUGGUGAUGCGGCCGUAGAAGACGCAUGUGCAGAGCUGCUCAAGGCGGGCCCGGGGGCGUGCUUGGUUGUCCAGUCCUCGGACGCAGAGGGAGUGCACCAAGAUGGGCUAUUUGACUACGCAGACGCAAACUCCUUCCUCCUCUUGGGUCUCAACGCCCGCUCUCUCUCCUCACCCACCGACCCCCGUGUAUCCCAGAUCAUCCUCGCAUCCCGUCAAGGUGUAGUCCCUAUCCGUCUGGCGUGCAACAUCUCCCAGAAGAACCCGAUGGAAGUGAGAGAGGAAGACGCUUCCCUCGAAACGCUUCUCCAGAUCUACAGCACCGGCACGCACCGCGUGGUCAUCCAACCCCAACCCCCGACCCAACCUCCCAAAGGCCUUGCCACAGACCUAUCCCUCAUCUCCCACCUCCUCCACACCCCCGACCCGUCCGUCCACUCCCUCCUCUCCCUCCCCCUGCAAUCCCUCCUCCCAGACCCUCCAAACCCCGUCAUCGCCACUUCUACAGACUCGACGAUCCUGGAUGCGAUGACGCUCAUGGACUCGGAAGGGGUGAACAGCGUUGCCGUACUGGACGCCAACGGGAACCUGCAUUCCGCAGUGAGCGUGACGGAUAUCGGGAGGCUUGUCAUCCCUAGCUUGAGCAAGGACGUCCUAAGCACGAAACUGGGAGAGUUCGUUCAGAGGAUCAAGUGGUCUGCGGGGGAGACGGACGGGAGAGAUCAUUUUCCUGUUUAUAGCGUGCUUACGAGCUCGACUCUGGAGUAUAUGAUGGAGAAACUUGUUGCUACAAAAGCCCACAGACUGUUCCUAGUAGACGACCCCCUCGUGCCGACCUCUCCAAGCCGGUACGGAAACCUCCGGGGCGUCGUCUCCGUCGUAGACAUCUUAUCCAUCUUCGCACGCCUAGCCGGGCUGCCAGACGUCGACCCCUUCCACCUCCGCCGCAAACGUCGUACGAGCUCUACGAGCUCUCUGUCUAGUACGCAUAGCCGGUCGAGCCUGGGCUUGUUGGGUACGGGGGGGAGUAGUGUGACUAGUUUGGGAGAAGGAGGAGGGGGGAAAUGAGCGAGCGUGUGGGAGGGGGGGCGGGGGGGGGACCAAUUGCCGAACUAUCAACCACCAACCACCAACCACUGAACCACCAACCACUGAACCACCAACCACCGACUAU